GCUUACUCGGAGGGUCAAGGGCCAUGCUGCUCUUGCGCCUGCGCCGCAAGCAAUGCCCGAGCGCCUGCGCAACCUCUGCGCGCGGGGAAGGGACAUCAAUAGAGCCGGGGCUCUCGCGUGCGAUUGUGAAAAACGGGAGUCACGCACAGGACGUAAACAUGGCGGAGUCCGAGGAAGCAAAGCGAUCGGAGAGUGACCUGGACGAGCAGCGGCAGUUUGGGGAGAUGUCCGGCAGACGGACGCUGGGAGGAGUGGGGGACAGUAUCCGUGGGCUGCAGUUCAGCAGUGAUGAUGAGGAGGGAGGAGGAAGAUUGAGGCCGGCCCCACGGUGCUCAGAGGGGGAGGCACACAGCUCGCUGGGAGAGGCGGAGGAGGAGCUGGACGGGGCUCCGGUGAUCCGAGCCGAUGAUGAGGAUGAGGAAGAGGCGGACUGGGGCAUGGACACGGGCGAGGCCGUCGCUGAGGAGAUGGACAGGCGGGAGGACCUGCGCUCCGAGCCUCCGAGCGAGGGGUCUGAGACGAGCACGCACUCAGACUCUGGCCCCGGAACAGGGGCUGAUGUGGAGAUGAGCCCUGUUGAGGAGUCCCAGGACACCGCUGUCUCGACUGAACCCCGCCUGGGUGGAGCAGUCCCGUGUGAAUCUCGGGAGACCGGGCACCAGGCGGGGGACACACCUGAGACGGAGAGUGGCAGCAGAGAGGGCGGCUGCCUCUUCCCUCCCGUGGACAUCAAAGAUGAGCCGAUAGACGAGGAGUAUGACCGCGCCCUCGCGCCCCAGCCCCCGCCCCCACCCAAGCGCAUCAAAGAUGAACCCGAAGCUUCAGAGGAGUUGGUCCAGCACCAAAAAACGUUGGAGGAACUGAGGAUCAGCUCGGUGUUCUCUGUCGGGGGAAACUCCACCUCCCCCUCAGCUCCAGCUGGCCCUCCUCAGCCCUCUCUCUCUGGGGGGGGGCGGGGUGCAUCCAGAGGGGGGCGGACGGACACGCCCCCGGCCCCGCCCCCGGGCCCCGCCCCGCCCCCCCGCAGCUCCACGCCCAGCGGGGGGGUGCGUGCGUCCUGCUCGGGCUGCUGCAAGGUGCUGCAGAAGGGCCAGACCGCCUUCCAGCGCAAGGGCUCCUCCCAGCUCUUCUGCUCCACCGUCUGCCUCACGGGCUGCACCCUGCCCCCCGCCCCCCUCAAGCCCCCCGCCCCCCGCAAGACCUGCCACUACUGCCUCAAAGAGAUCCAGAACCCCAAGGAUGUGAUCAUCGCUCCGGUGGACGCCAGCGGCACGGUGAAGGACUUCUGCAGCCAGGCGUGCCUGUCCUCGUUCGGCGUGAAACGCACCCGCAAACCGCCGCCCGAAACCACCGCCAUCCGCUGCAGCGUGUGCAAGAAGACCGCCACGAUUAACCACGAGGUGAACUUCCAGGGCACGGUGCACAAGCUGUGCAGCGAUGGCUGCUUCUCGCGCUUCCGCUCCUCCAACAACCUGGCGCUGAACUGCUGCGAGGCGUGUGGGAGCUACUGCUACAGCAGCGCCGGACACUGCCUCCUGCUGCACAUAGAGGGCGCCACCCGCAAGUUCUGCAGCCAGGCCUGCCUCACCGCCUACAAGCAGAAGGCGGGCAGGGCGAUCCCGUGUGCAGGGUGUCAGGGUCUGCGCUCGGUGGUGGAGAUGGUGGAGGGGGCGGGGCCUGAGGGAACGAUCCAGCUGUACUGCACUGCUGCCUGCAGCGCUACGGCUAACGGCACCCCCACUGGCAUCACAGGGGCCUCGUUCCCCUGCACCAGCUGCAGGCUGGUCGCUGUACCGCAGUUCCAUCUGGCCCUGAACGAUGGCAGCAUCCGCAACUUCUGCUCCUACAACUGCGUCCUGACCUUCCAGGCUGGACUGAAUAAAGGCCUUCCUCAGGGGCCGGUGAACGGAGGCUCUUCUGCGCCGGAGUCCGUCUCCGCCCCCCCCUCUGGAGUACCCCAGCCCCCCCCGGCUCCUGCCACCCUGCCCCCCCUCUCUGCUCCACGGCAUGGCCAGGCCCCGCCCCACGGACUAGCCCCGCCGCUUGGCCCUGCCCUUGUACAAGCCCCGCCCUCCCCAGCAACUCACGGACAUGGCCCCGCCCUUCCCGCUGGGUUACCGCGUGACCCCGCCCCUGACCAGGCCCCGCCCUCUCUGGGUGUUGGCUCCGCCCCUCUCUCCCUGGUGAAGCUCAGCUGCAGGCAGUGUCGCCGCCUCUUCUCCUCCAAACCAGAGCUGCUGCUGUUCAAGGGCCAGAUGCAGCUCUUCUGUGGAAGGCAGUGCACAGAGGCCUACAGGAAGGUGAACUUUGUGACUGCGCGCUGUGAGUACUGCAAGCUCGACAAGAUGAUCCGAGAUGUGAUCAAGUUCAACCGAGUGGACCGUGCCUUCUGCAGUGAGGGCUGUAAGCUGCUGUUUAAGCACGACCUGGCGAAGCGCACGGGGAACCCGUGUCGGACCUGUGCGUACUGCACCAGCACGGCACAGAAGAUGAUCCAGAACCACUUCGGCGGGAAGCUGGAGGAGUUCUGCAGGGAGGAGUGCAUGGCGCUGUACACCGUGCUGUUCUACCAGAUGGCGAAGUGUGACUGGUGCCAGCGGCAGGGGAAACUCCAGGAGGCGCAGAAGUGGCUGGGGGAGAUGAAGCACUUCUGCAACCUGUCCUGUCUGCUGCUCUUUAGCCACCAGCAGAGCAGCACCUACCAGCAGCAGCAACACCCCACCCAGAGCAGCACCUACGAGCAGCAGCAACACCCCACCCAGAGCAGCACCUACGAGCAGCAGCAACACCCCACUCAGACCUGCACCUACGACCAGCAGCAACAACAUCCCGCCCAGACCUGCACCUACGACCAGCAGCAACAACAUCCCGCCCAGACCUGCACCUACGAGCAGCACAGCCUGAUGUCAGGGGCCAUUGCCCUCCCUGCACACAUUCCCACAGGUGCCGUUCCUGCUGGUCUGGCCCCCCUGCCCCCCCCCGCCGCAGCUCCUGCAGCUCUGCCUCUCCUCCCCAUCUACGCCUCCAAGGAGGCCACGCCCGUCAUCGCUAAUGUGGUGUCGCUCGCCAGCGCCCCCACAGGCCAGCCCUAUGUCACUGCAAAUACAGCACUGCCAGGGGCUGUUCCUACAACAUUAAUCCAGACCAAGAUCAACGGAGAUGCCAGCACUCAGACAGAUGCGCUAAGGCUCCCUGCUGCACCCCGCAGGGUGCUGAAGAACAAGGCUCUGCUCUGCAAACCCAUCAGCCAGAACAAGGGCACCCUCUGCAGACCCCACCAGCAGAGCACAGAGUCCCAGACAGAUGAAGUGCACGGGCAGAAGAUCCUGUUGUUGCCGGUUCCUGUCCCCGUCUUCAUUCCUGUGCCGAUGCACCUGUACGCCCAGUACACGCCCCUGCCUGUGGGCCUCCCUGUCCCGCUGCCUGUGCCGAUGUUCGUGCCCUCCUCUCUGCACCGUCCUGAGAGCAAGAGCCCCCCCGCCGCCCCCAAGGCUGAGGAGGAGGAAGAGGAGGAAGAGGAGAAGGACAAACCCAUCUCUUAUGGAGACCAGGGCAGCACCUACAGUGGGGAUUUGGAGUCAGAGGGCUUGUCCACACCCCUGAGCUGGGAGGAGGAGCCAGCCCCCAGCGCACAGCGAUUGGCCACACCUGACUGCGAGGACCCUCCUGCCACCUCGGCCACGCCCCCUCUGAUGGACCUGGAAGCCGACUUCCCUCUCGAGUCCUUGGAUCCAGAAGCCAGUAAAGGCCUGGGCGUGACCCCGCGACACAGAGGCCGGAGGAGACCUGGAGACAGUUUCCCCCCCAGGAAACGGGUACGACCUGCAUCCCCUGAACCUCGAGAUGUUCCAUUGGCAUCGAAGCCUGAAACUCGAGAUGUUCCAUUUGCCUCUAAACCUGAAUCUCGAGACCCAUUCACAUCUAAACCUGGACCUCCGAAUGUCCCACACGCUGGACCUCCAAACUUCCCCCACCCUGAACCGAGAAACCUCCCAUUCGCUGCUAAUCCUGAAUCCCGGAACUACUCCCACUCUGAACCUAAAAACCUCCCUUUCUCCUUGAACCCUGAAUCUCGAAACUUCCCUCACCCUCAACCUCGAAGCUUUCCCCAUCAUGAACCUCGAAACUUUCCCCAUCAUGAACCUCGAAACUUUCCCCAUCAUGAACCUCGAAACUUUCCCCACCAUGAACCUCGAAAUUUCCCGUUCGCUGCUAAUCCUGAAUCUCGAAGCUUCCCCCACUCUCAACCUCGAAACUUUCCCCACCAUGAACCUCGAAAUUUUCCCCACCAUGAACCUAGAAACCUCCCGUUCACCUCUAACCCCGAAUCUCGGAACUUUCCCCACCAUGAAUCUCGAAACUUCCCCCACCCUGAACGUAGAAACCUCCCGUUUCCACCUAACCGUGAUCCUCGAAAUUUCCCACACUUUCCUAACCCCGAUGGCUUCGGGCGGAAGGAGGCCUCAGCGGUCGCUGCUGGCAGUCCUGCGUGCACGGCAGUGCCCCCUGGUGGCAGACCCAAGCUGCUGCACAUGUAUGGAGUGAACGCCUGGAAGAGCUGGGUGCUGUCUGAGCGGGGGAAACCAGGCAGCGGACACGACCGGCUGAAGGAGGACGUGCUGCAGUGCAGCUCGGUGGAGCUCAGCGAGGGGCUCUGCCGCUUCGUUACCGAGGCUCGCCGGCCCAGCGGGGAGCCCUACACCCCCGACAGCAUCUUCUACCUGUGCCUGGGCCUGCAGCAGUACCUGCUGGUGAACGGACGGAUAGAGAACCUGUUCACUGACCCUCUGUACAGCAACUUCAGCCUGCUGAUCACCUCCAUACUGAGAGCCUGGAGACCUACUGUACUACCCAACGGGUCACUGCUGUCGCGGGUGGAGGAGGACUUCCUCUGGGAGUGUAAGCAGCUGGGCGCGUACUCCCCUGUGGUGCUGCUCAACACGCUGCUGUUCUUCAGCGCCAAGAUGCUGCUCCUGCACACACUUCCCCAGCACCGCCGCCUGUCCUUCUGCUGCCUGCAGCGCUGCUCCCGCCAGGACCCCCACACACGCACACACACCUCCGUCCUGCGCUACACGCCCCCCAAACCCAGCCCCCGCUCAGAGGCAGAGCGGAUUGUGUCGCCAGUGAAGAGGAAGUUGAAGGAAGAGGAGGAUGAAGAGGACGAUGAAGAGCAGGAUGUGUUGGAGAUGCCCGAGAACACUGAGAACCCACUGAGAUGCCCUGUGAGGCUGUAUGAGUUCUACCUGUCCAAGUGGUUCGGUGAAGCACUAGAGUCGGACGUAGAAGACGAAGGAAAGGAAGAUCAGGGGAAUGUUGAUCUUGAAAACUCCUUGGAGGAGUUUGACCUGGAUUUAGGCCUGGAUGAUUCUAAUUUAUGUCCGAGUGGUGUGUCUGACGAUGACUCCAGCAGCAGCAGCAGCUGCAUGGAUCAGCUUGUCCUGGAAGCCCGGAAUCACUCUGACCUCGCAGAUCUGGUGCCCAGCGUUACGGGCUUAACAGUGAAGACAAUCAGCAAGAGGCCAAAUGGAAAAAGGAAAUUUGACAAAAGACACUAUUGUUUUUAUUGUAAGAAAGCAUACUGCAAACUAGCGAGACACCUGGAGAUGAAGCACGCCAAAGAAGCCGAUGUCGCUCUCGCUCUUGAUUUUCCGAAAGGCUCCAGACGGAGGAGCAUGUUGCUGGAGCAGAUACGCAGCAGGGGUGAUUUUCACCACAACGUGGAGGUGCUCAAGCAGGGGGCCGGAGAGCUGGUGACCUGGAAGAGCCCUGUGGGCGGCAAGGCUCCCUCUGACUUCCUGCCCUGCCAGUACUGUCUGGGCUUCUUCAGUAAGAAAGACUUGUGGAAGCACCAAGCCUGCUGCAGGUGCAAGCCAGAAACGGAAGUUAAGAGCGGCGUUAAGAAACGAGUGCAGUCGAUUUCCUCCGAACUUCUUCCUUUGCCGAAUGAGAACGUGGGAGCCUGCAAGGCGGUUCUGCACAGGAUGAACAUCGAUGAUGUGUCACAGCAAGUGAAAAAGGAUCCUCUCAUAUGCAAAUAUGGCGACAUGUUAAUUUCAAAGCACGCAGACGGCGAUACACAAUACGUUGCCUCGAAGAUGCGGGAUUUGGGCAGGUUUGUUCUCGCAGUCCAAAAAAUCGAUCGCAGCGUUAUGUGUCUGCAGGACGUGAUUUCGCCAUGCAGAUUUGAUUUAGCAGUGGACGGUGCACAGAGAUUGGCAGGCUAUGACCCUACCACUCGCAAACACAAAACCCCGUCCGUCUUUCCGAAGAUCGGCUAUUCCCUACGGAAGGCAGCCGAGGUGGCUGUCGGAGAGUUUGUCAUCAAGCGUGACGUCGAAGCGGAAGGUAACGCCAAAGAGUUCAUCAGGCUGCUGCAGUCGGAUUGGAGUGCCUCAGCAUCGUGUCGCGUCCCCAGCUCCCGGCCAAGGCUGAGGAGAUGUGAGGUCGUCCCUUUGACCGAAGAUGUGAUGGAGUUUCAGGAGUUCCUCCAGGACGCUGCAGAACGGGCUCGGGCAGAACUGCAGGAGAAGCCCAGCCUGGCUGCCUGGACGAAGCUCAGCCAGUUGCUUCUGUCGGAAAUCGCCGUUUUUAACGGUAGACAGGAGGGGGAAAUCGCCGUUUUUAACGGGAGACGGGAGGGGGAAAUCACCGUUUUUAACGGUAGACGGGAGGGAGAAGUUGCCGUUUUUAACGGGAAACGGGAGGGAGAAGUCGCCGUUUUUAAUGGUAGACGGGAGGGAGAAAUCGCCAUUUUUAACGGUAGACAGGAGGGAGAAGUCGCCAUUUUUAAUGGUAGACGGGAGGGAGAAAUCGCCAUUUUUAACGGUAGACGGGAGGGAGAAGUCGCAAAAAUGCUCCAGGACACGAACAUCAACAGGAACAAAACGCCCGUCAACACUGAGGGUUACAACAGCCUAACGGCGCUCGAACAACAGCUGGCCAAGAAGUUUAGCAGGAUCGAGAUACAGGGCAAAUGCGGCAGAAAAGAUCUUGUGCUCCUGACCGACAGCAUGUUGGCAUUGAUGGAAGUCCUCAAUAACAUGCGGGACAAAGUCGGGGUACCGCAAAGCAACCCCUACUUCUUUGCCACACUCAGAGCCGGAUCUCGCUUCCAAGCUGGGGACUUCCUGAGGUCGUGCGCGACGGACAGCAAAGCACAGCGCCCCGAGGACCUGACCACCCCGAGGCUGAGGACACCCGUCGCCAUGUUGUGUCAAAUGGCGGCUCUCCAGGACAACGUGCUGGAUCAACUAGCAGAAUCUCUGGGGCAUGGCCUCCGAGCACGUGGGGAGGAUGAGAGAUUAUCGGAGAAUAAGUUGCGGCUGAAGAAAAUCAGCGAACUCUUCCUCGCCAUGGAUGAGGAGACAGUAGACCUGCACUCUCCUGCAGAAGAUGAUGCUGCCGAUACAGAGCCGGAUGGAAGUGAACUCAGCCCUAGUGCCUCUAUGACACUUGAACCCAGAAGUGAACCCGGCCCUAGUGCCUCUACGACCUUUGAACCCAAAAGUGAACCUGGUCCUAGCACCUCUAUGACCCCUGUACCCGGAAGUGAACCUGGUACUAGUGCCUCUACGACCUGUGAACCUGGUACUAGUGCCUCUACGACCUGUGAACCCAGUCCAAGUGGCUCUAUGGCUUUUGAAUCCGGAAGUGAACCUGACCAAAUUGAGGCAGACUCCAGCCUACCCAGCCCUGACCCGGGGGCUGAGACGGGUACAGAGUCUGUAGGUGCAGUGCUACUGAAACCACAGAAGAAGAAGCCAUGGUCGGACGCGGAGCAGACGGCGGUGAAAAGUGGACUCUGCAGGUUCAUUGCCCAGAGGAAGGUCCCGGGGAAGGAGGACUGUGAGGCCUGUUUAAGAGCUAAACCAGGAAUCCUGCGCAACAGAUCGUGGAAGGAUGUGAAGUAUUAUGUCUACAACACUAUCCAAUCCAACAGAAAACGGGGCAUUACCUUUUUGCCAGAUGGCACUGAACAACCGGUGGGUGGGGCAGAUGGAGUGGUGACUAAAAAAAGACAAAUUCCUAGUAGAAGUAGAUGAGGAUGGAAAGAAUGAGGGAAGAAAGAAGGGAUGAACAGAGUGGUAUGACUGGAAAGGGCUGGAAUGAAAGGGUGAAAGGGUUCCGUGGAGAGAAGGGUGGUCGGGAAGAGAAGCAUCGUAAUGUUUUCACCUCUUUAUGGGGUGAGACCAUAAAUAUGAGAUUAGAAUAUUCUUCACUGAACAUGCUGAUGUAAUAAUGACUACUGGUAAAUGACAGAAAAUGCGUUCUAGAACACUGACAUAGAAUUUAGAAAAAGAAAAAAAGGAAACAUUCAGAAAAAAACCUCUUCACACAGUCAGUGUUAAAAAACCUCCUCUUCAUACAAUGAGUGAUAAUGGCCGAGAUCGGAGGUGAAAGUAUUGGCAGCAGUUAAAGUGGAGGAUUGAGAAGGGACUGAAGUAAAGUACUGACACAUUCCAGUGGACUGGGAGAUGCACUAAUGUGAAAAGGGGGUAUAUAAAAUGUGCCAUUGGUAUGUAGCUGGACAUUUGAAGUGUUUGUUAAACCAUUUAAAUCAACUUUUACCACCUUUUGUGUGCAACUAUUUUCACCAAUCUUUUGUACUACACGAGAAUGUUUGCUUGAAGGCACUAUGUGGAAACAUGCUGUUGUUGUGGAAUGGACUUGUUACCUGGAGACAGUCCUCAGUGUGGCUGCCAUCUGUGCCUUGUGCUCCCACCCUAACUCCUUAAGCUGUGUUUGUUUACGGUUUGCAUUUUACCUGAUGUCUCAGAAUAUCUCAGUACCUAACGUGCCAGUUAAAUGUACCGCUUAAUUUUACACAGCUGGAAAUGGGGGGGGCUCAAUUUUCUGUUUCGGUUGAAUGGUAAAACUUUUUUUU